AUGUCUUCACCUACUCAGCUAUACCAGGAGGUGGCAUGGGUGCCACAAGAGCAGACGCCGGUUCCAGAGCAUGUGCGAUCGUCAUGGAGGUUCCUGGCGUCGUUGUCGUCCAACCUGCUGCUGAUCGGAUUUCUGGUCAUUCCAUUGGCCUUCGAAAGCCCGACGCAGGAACCCGUCAGCAAAGUGAAUUCCGUCGUCGCCGCUGCGGUGUUGAUUGGAUUUGCCGAUGCUUUGGUGUUGAUUCUGAUCUGCUUCCAAUAUGACAAACGCGAGUACCUGAUUCGAUCCAUCUACCUACCCGGGUUAACCGCCAACCUGAUCGGCCUGCUCAACGUGAUCCUCAAUAUCCUGUGUCGCGAUCUAUUACCGAUCGGUGAUGUCGAGGCCGCCAGUCUGGGCCUUGCCUGUUCGUUUGCCUUUCUUCAUGCCCUAGGCGCACUGUGGGUGUACGGUCGGAUGGUGGCCGAAGAAACUCGGAUGUACGGACCCAAGAAUGAGGCUGCUCUUCUGACGGAGGAAGAGAUGCAGCGGCAGCAGCUUCUCCGGCUUCUGCAGGAGAACAAUAAAAAGGGCACAAGCCCCAAGGUCACACAGAAGACGUUUCAAGUCAAGGUCCCCGAGCGCAUCAACCCCGGCAAAGGCUGGGAUACGUUCAUGCCACCUCCUCAUGAGGAAGGCUACUUUGCCGGUUACACUCGGGGGAGAUAG